AUGGAUGCCUGCAAUUUUCCCGAAAUGCUGGCCCUCGACCUCGAGACAGCCGAGCCGAUAUUUGCUGCUAAGCGAAUGACUGCUGGUGCUCCCAGACCUUCGACUGAAAAAGGCGCUUCCGAUCUAGAAAAACAGAAGAAAUCGAGCUUCGAGACACGCACGUCCCAAUGGUCACACACCUUUGACUUCCCUCCACCGCAGUCACUCACCCGACCACGGACUGCCUCACACGCAGAGUCAAAGGCCACAUCACUAAAUGGAUGCGGUAUAUUUCAGCCACGGCCUGUGUCUCCAUUCUCUCGCGAGAAUGCACUCUCCCGGAUGUCGGUUGCUGGUAUUGCCAGUCUAAAUAGCAAGGCUGCACGUCCAGCCGCUGCUCUUGGCGAACCUGAGAACUGCCCGUCCUCGCAUUUUUACCCGACAGUCAUAAGCAACGGUGACAACGCCAGCGUUGACAGCUUUGAUAUUCCAAAUAUCAGUCUCAUCUCGCCACGCUAUGUAAGGUCUGAGCAGCAAUACCAGCAAAAACAGUGCCAGCGCAUGCAAUCACAGGGCGAGCCAGCAGCACAAGACCUGUGCCUCCACAACAAUUACUGCUGCAACGAUAGAGCUGCUAGCCUUUGGAGUUGUGGUAGCAUAUUCGGAAACCAGGACGUCGACGAGAACGUAAAGGGUGGCAGCAGCGAAGGCGGCGACCGUGGUUACGUCGAUGGUGACGACGACGCUUAUAACGUGCUAUCCGAUACGUCCAGCGUGUCUUCGCGCGGCUUUGCCAAUUCAUCUGUACACGACUGUCGGCAAUCGUUCGCCACAGCAGCCACAUCGGUUGGCUCUGCCCGUCGGUUUUCUGCACAAUCACAUACACUCUCGGCUGUUGAACCGUCUUCUACCAAACCGCAAUACCGCAGUGAUUCCAUCAUGAUGGCUAAACGACAUGUAGACUUCAGGUUGGAUGGCCGCUUCGAUGACGUCGAGUACCGCCACGGAAAUAGUUCUUUCUCGGAUAUGACAACCGACAAUGUUGCGAAGGACGUAUGCAGUCAUGAUAACGACGGUUCGCGUCCUCGGCAUCCUCCGCAGUCUAGCUGGCUGGACAUUGGAGAAGAUGAAGAGAGCGAUGAUGAACCGCAACUAAUGUCGGGCGCCCUGAUGUCACAGGCAGAUGAGCUAAACCUCAUUCGAAGAGCAAGCAGCGGAGCUUCCCAAAUCUCACGUCCAAGCUCUCCCUUCUCGCGACGGCCCAACUCGGCCAUGGGCUGGUUUGGGAAGGGAAAGGAGAAAAGCAGCAUGCUUCAUGAAUGGACUGAGAAGAAGCGCAUGUCUCAGGCAUCUGUUGCAUCUGUUCCCUCUCUCCGUCGAAGAUCAUCACUAAGCUCCUAUCGAAGGGCAGCACCGCCGUCAGAUGGUCCAGCAUUUCUGUUGCCUCUGCAGUAUCAGCCUCCUGACAGGCAAAUCCCUAGGCAGUCACGGCGGCAGUCCUACCAAUGGAAAAGCCGGUUGUCAAUGUCCAGCACUGUCUCUGCGUCUCCUUCUGAUAGGGAGAUGGAACGGAUGCGCGCACUCAUUAGUAUGCAGAGCACCAGCAAACAUACUGGCGAACAGUCGGAGCUUGCAGAUCCUGUGGUGCUGGGUCGAUAUGAUGGUGCCGCUGGCACCGAAGAGUAUGGCAAUGAGGACGAGGAGGAGCGCAAUGACUCAGACUUGUUUGCAGACUUGGAUGGCGACGACUUCGACCAAGAAGAAGACGAAAUCAUGACUGCAACGGUAGUUCCCUUAUCCAAGCAGCUUCCAAGCUCAGUAGCGACCCGGCGAGGGUCUACACCUGAUGCUACUACAACACUCGUUGGCCACGCUGUUCCAUCGUCAGACACAUACGAUACACCUGCCUUUGACGCCGAGGAAACAUCUCAAAAUCUACAGUCAUGGAUACAACACGCAUCUGAAACUCAGGAAGAGCUCGUGCCGCAAUUGCUACGAGGCCGGGAUGGCAUCUUCCGGUUUGAAACCCGUCCGCGUGUUUACGGAAAGGAUGAGGCGUACCAGUCCCAUGAUUCAUACAGACACCAAGGGACCCAGCCUCAAGAACAACACGAUGCGCAGACUACUCUCGAGUCAUUGCUACAACAGAAGCAGCCGGCAUUCCCCCUAGUCUUCCAACCGACCGCUCCCAUGGUCGCUGUUCGGCUUCCCAAGGAGGUGGUAGACAUGCUCAGAGUGUCAGUGUCCUGCUUCCCGGAGACGAUGCUGAGCCUGUCCAGCUUCUGUAUACAAACAAUACGGUCGUACUCGCGCAAGGUGCGGCGUGUCGGCGAGCUUGAUGGCGACACAGAAAAUUGGCUGCUGCCAUCACCGAAUCUUUUCGGUAAUCAACCACCGAGUCCUACGAGCGUGAUGCCAUGUGUGCCGACACCCAUAUCUCGCUCACCGACGACAGCUUGCAUGCAGCUUGGUCUGACACAUGACUGGCCGAUGCCGAGUGGAAGCACAUCUAAGGCUAGGAGCAUCGCAGCGUCUUCCCAGAAGAGCGCACGGCGCUUCUGGAUGCUUCCCAAGCGUCUGGUGACGUCUCGCUCGACACCCAACACUAGUUCGAUUGAGUCUAAGCUUGGGGCUGCAUCUGUCCAGCGUCGGCCACACAGCCGAGGCAACCGGGGAGUCGGGGAUGUUGUUAAAUCGGACCAGGACAAAGCCAACGGCGCGUGUUUCAGGCGCAUUUUCCCAACGGGAUCUGACCACAUAUGCAACGCACUCUAUGCUCACAUUCUUGCCUUCAACUACAUCAGCCUGUUGUGUAGCCAGGAGUUUGCUCCCGAAAAAGCUGCUAACGCCAGCUAUGCGCCAUCUUGUGGUGGAUCUGGGUCUAUUGAGCCAAUGCAGACGCAAAAGCGGCAAACGAUCCGGGUAUAUGUAGGUGCCGAUGUCAACAUAUCGGCUUCGUCACGUUUGUUGUCGCCAGAGCCACACUUGGUGACAUCGCCUCCAUCCUCGCCAGAGCCGACGUCUCGACGAGGAGAGAUGGCAAAUCUGGACGAGAUGGGUGGCGACAUGCCUUCAUCACCACCAGAUACGCCGCCACCGUCACGGGGAGGACAUCUGGGUAAUGACGCUCGGCUGGUCUCACGAAAGGCGGCAAUUCUUCUAGGGAUCCAAGAGCAUCUAGAGCCGGAAAUGACCAGGCGCAGCAGCGAGGCAGGGGGCAGUGUGACGAGUGUUAGCAGCGGAGUGGCCAGCUUAGGACGGCGGUACAACUCGCUGCGGCGUCGGCACAGAAAGAUGAUCGGUGGAGAAGGCGGCGACGCGGAUAAGGCCAAGUCCCGGAGUUUGAAAAAGAAGUCACGUCCACGGCCUCUACCACCGACGGCACUGUUCGAUCUGGGCAAGUCGACGCUAUACGAGGAUAUGCAGCCGGGGCAGUCAAAGAAAGUAGCCGUCUGCCUUCCGCCAACGCCACCGCCAUCAGCAGCUGCAACAGCGUCGGAGACGGCGAUGUGUGAUUUGCAGGCGGGUCUGUACCGGUGCAUUCGGCAGCUGGUGUCAACGCUGAAGCUGACGACAGACCAAAUGGGCGAUUCCACUCUGCUGAGCACGGAGCUUCAUGAAGUAGAUCAGGUGUUUCUGCGGACGCUUUGUGAGCUGGUGCGGUCGCAGGAGGAGCAGGUUUGA